AAAUUGGCAUUGAGAAAAUUUAGCUCGUCGUAGCUCUGUGAACAAGGCACAUUGCUCCGAGGAUCAAAAUCAACUUGGGCAAAAAGGUACUUGAAUGACUAACACGAACGUACGACCCAGCGUAGAGAAGGCACUCGACAUUCUACAAGAUGGGAUGCCGAUCUGAUUACUAAAAUCGCAGUUUGCCUCCGACAGAAAAUUGGUAACCAUUGUAUGAAGACAACGCUCAAUCGGCCGAUCCUUGGUCAAUCAAUCAUAAAUAUCAAUCUCCCUUGCAUUGGUUAAAAAAUACAUGUGAUGAAAAUACAAACAAUAAACCCGUCUAGCGACUAAUUUCGAUUGAAAAACAACGUACGAUAUGAUACAAAUCUCUGUGAUUGAAAGGCAAUAAAAAAUCAGAUUAAGACUGGAAAGACCAAAACCCAGUAGCUGUCUCACCAAAGAUAAAGGAUUAAGUCGUAUAUAUAAAUACGCGAGGUCGCUCCGACUAGUCGAAUCGUUUGAUUUGAUUAGUCUAAGCGGCAUGCACGCGUUUGUGAUCAUUCUUCUGUGUGCCACUGUGGGCCAGGCGGCGGACUGGUCCGGCUACCAUCGGAGGGUGGGCAUUCCGGAGGCAGAAAGGAUAAGACAAGCCGAACAAACCAUUUUCAUCAACAAAAUCGUCGGUGGGGUGAUCGCCCCCGUCUACCAACACCCGUACCUCGCCGGGCUAAUCAUGGACCUCAUCGGGCUGCCCCAUACCUCGGCUUGCGGGGGCUCCGUCAUCUCCAGCAACAGGAUCCUCACAGCGGCGCACUGCUGGAAUGACGGCAACUUCCAAGCCUGGAGAUUCACCGUCGUGCUCGGUUCAGCUUUCCUGUACCACGGUGGCUUGAGAACAGUUGCGUCCUCCAUAGCACCCCAUCCUCACUACAAUGCCAGAACGCUAGCCAACGACGUCGCUAUUCUAUAUCUUCCUACGAAUAUCCAGUUCUCUCAUGCGAUUCAACCAGUAGUGCUACCGACAGGGCCAUGGAGAAACUUCGAUCUACAUAACAUUUGGGCGUACGCGUCAGGAUACGGAAGGUAUUCUGACGUGACUAACCCUACUAUAAACACUAUGGUUAGGAACGUAUUUCUUCGAAUAAUUACAAAUGAAGAAUGUUCUAGAGUGUACGGUGAUAUAGUAACCGAGUCAAACGUUUGUACGUGCGGGCAAGGCGGGGUAGGUAUUUGCCGAGGCGACUCAGGAGGACCGCUGAUUGUGCAGAAUGCAGGACAAAACGUCUUGGUCGGAGUGAGCUCAUUCGUCGCUAGCGACGGAUGUAAGCUGGGACAUCCGUCUGCUUUUGCCCGAGUCACUUCCUAUGUGGAUUGGAUACGCUUGCAUUUAUAAUGUGAACUAGAGCGUUUGAAACUCCAUGGCAAUGUCGUUAUUUGAGGAAUAAUCUUACGUUUUGUAAUUUUGUGUAUCCGUUAUUAUUGUUUUUUAAUGAAAAUAAACUGUGUUUAUUACGCGCAAGAUUUAUUUUUUAGUCUUUUAAAACCCAUGCAGUCUAUUUGAAGUAGCCUUGAAUUCAACAAAAAAACGUUAUAGAAAGCAGUAAUUAGUGUCUAUCGCUCGUUAAGUAACGUAUUAGUUUCCAGCAAGUCGUGUCACUCCCGGAAGCUAAUGGCAAAUUCAAAAUGACUCGGCCUCGGAAAUUGACUAAUGGAACCAAUCUAUCCGCACCUACUUAUACCGCGGUAAACCGACGUGAUUGGUAAUUAUGCAGAU